AUGUUGGCUCAUAGAACCUGUUUUCCCGCUGAAGCAAAUGAAGUUCCGUGCCAUAUUGAUGAAAAUAAUCCUAACUUUGAACGUGGUGAAUAUUUAUCUGUACAGAAACUUGUCAAAUUUAUACCUGAUGGUCUAGCUGUUAAAAGACAGGUUGACGUGAUGAUAGAUCACUGUGGUGAACUGUAUAAUUUAAGAACCAGUAUCCUCGAACAGAAGAAGAAAAUGGAAGGGAUUCAUUCUGAUUUUAUUAUCGAGGGAAGAAGUGCUAAAGAAUAUUACAGAAGAAAGUGUAUUUAUUAUCUGGAGCGAUACAUUUUCUUAAUCUGUUUCAACGCCUAUCUCAGAGAACAGUUCCCCAUGAAGCUCUCCGUCAGAUACACAAAAUGGAUGCAGAGACAUCCGGUGUUGACACAGCUUAGUUGUUUUAUGGAUUUCGUUGAGAAAAAGACACCGGCUAAUCUGGUGACGACAGGUUGUCGAUAUUUGGUGGCGGAUGAAUAUAUUGGUUUAGAUGUUCUUAGUUCCCAGUUUGAGGUGAAGGUUUCUAAUUUCCGUCGUCUUGUUGGUUUACCUGUGUAUGGAAUGGCUCAACCGAACAGAGACGGUUUAGCAUGUGUUGUCAACCAUUUGUUAAAGAAGAAACAAGGCUAUAAGAAAGUUGUGGUCAUUAAUCUACGUAAUGAUCAGGUUAUUGAGAAUGAUGGUCAGACCUAUUCUAUACAUGAUCCCACACAACUAGGAGAACCUAUACCCGUUAUUGGAGCUUCACGUAGAGAACUAGAGCACAAGGAAACUUUAUUAAAAGAGGAAAUUCUAGGAAAGAAGAUCAUCAAAAUAUUCCAAGAAAUAACAGAUGCACCAAUCACUAAAGAGUUUACAAGUGUGAUGACGUUACAAGAUUUGAGUGAACAGCAACAGAAGGAAACACCGGAUAUGUUGUACUAUAGAAUUCCCAUGGAAUACGACCAUUCGCCGCUUGUCAAGAAACCAUCAGUUGUUGUAAAAUUCUGGAUUUAG